GAAAAAAGAAAAAAGUCCGUACAGCGCGAACGCAAUAACAUUUCUCCACUGCAAACGGGCCUGGAGAUCCGGGGAGAUUUUUUUCCCAUUGCGCGCCCGCCCCCUCUAUCGAAGCUUUUUCUACUACCUUAUGUUGUCGCAGUUUGUAACGGCGGCGAAGGGGCUUUUCACUCGAUCCGAUAAUAAAAACCCGCAACCUACAUUUCUCGAACCCAGACUCGCAGCGGACAAGAGCGCUAGCGCCAUUGCUAGUAUUCAGCAAGUCACUACUCCUACUACUACGACGACGACGCCCAAGAUGGUUACAGCCACUAGACAGCGGAGAUUUACCGCCGAGUCGUCUGCGGAGCCUGAAGCCAAUGGUAUUGGCUCGGUCAACGAAGCGAAGAUCAACGGCAACGGCAAGCGCACGUCCGAGCCUUCCACCGAUGCGGAGAACAACAACGCACGCAAGACGCAGAGCAACACGAAACGCAGGAAGCGGAGCAGCUUAGCGGCUGUGCUGGAAUCCGAGGACGAAAUGGCUACGAGUCCUAGUAAUAAGAAGUCGAAGACGGUGAAGGGUACUAACGAUACUGAAGGGCAGGAGGAUGAGCAGGAGGAGACACCGGUCGCUGCCCCCCAGCAGAUCAAAAAGAAGCAUUUCCGAUUCGAUAGCGAGGAGCCGGAAGUGCCUGCGAUGGCGGAGGUUGCGGAGACGCCACAGAGUUUAGAGGAGGAGGAGGAUAGCAGCGACGAUGAGGCUCCUGAGGCUGUUGAUAAUUCCGCGCAAUUGUCGAAGAUUCGGAUGGAGGCGAAGAGACAGGAAAGGGCCAAGCAAAUAGAAGAGCAGUUGAAGCGCGACAAGAGGAAACAGCUGGACGACCUGCGCAAGCUUCAAGCCAAGUCGACCAGCAAGAAGCGAGAGGCUGAGGAUCAGCUAUCAGAAAGCACCGAAACCCUUCAGGGUACCACGACAGAAAGUGCCCGGAGGUCUGCUCUCCCCGCUCUUCUCCCGGAUGAUAUCCUGAACGCCGCCCCCGAUGUCCGGCCACCGACCCCUCCCGCAGAAGAAAUGAGGAUUGUGCGACCCAAGCCCACGAAGCUGCGAUUCCUGGACAAGAAGGAAAAGGCCCCGAAGGACCUGCAGAUGGGCGAUGUCACAAUUCGGGUGCUGGAUGGAGAUGUAUCCCGGAACAAGAAGUCGAAGACCACGCUUCCCCCCAAGGCGACGAAGAGCAGUCAGAACGCGAGACAAGUCUGGCUGAGUGCAGGUCGCAGCACGGGCAAGGUGAACGGGAUGAGAAGAGCGGCCGGCGCUCCCUCGGGGUUUGUGCGCAAAUAGCAGGUCUUGGGCGCACUUAACUCCGUCUCGUAGUAAGCAUUUUUAAUGAUAUCAAAAGCACAUCCUAAGUUCUGUUUCCUGUCUAUAUUUUGGCUUGGUUUCUGCUCUUAGUUCGGCGAUGAGUCCGGGGCACCUUAUAUCUUUCAGUAUCGUCCAUAUUGGGUCAAAGAUCUGGAUUAUCCAUGCAAGACAGAGACUACGGAUUUUUUUCCCUAGC